AUGUUUUCAAAGAGUAUAGUUGUGUGCUUGUUCAUUGCGGUGGCUGCGGCCACUGACGUCUUGCAGUGUCCUGGUAAAUCGAUACCAAACUUAAAAGAAAACGUGCAACUGUCGCCAUGCAAGAAACCACCUUGCAAACUGAAGAAGGGGACUGAUCAACACAUUACUAUAAACUUCACACCAGACGAAGACAUUACGGAGUUGAGGAACAAUGUGAUCGCCGAUGUCUUCGGAGUACCGUUACCUUUUGUGGGCGUGGACGGCAUUGGUAUUUGUGACAAGAUUCUCACAGCAGACGGACAAAAGACAUCCUGCCCACUAAAGGCAGGAGUAAAUUACACUUACAAAGACUCAUUUCCUGUCCUAGAAAUUUAUCCACAAAUUGAAGUCAAAGUACAUUGGGCUUUAGUGGGUAAAAAGGAAAAGGUUGUUACUUGUUUUGAGACCCCUGUGAAGAUUGUUGGAAAGAAAUAG